CUCUCUCCCUCUCUCUCUCUCUCUCUGCUGUGGCGCUCAUAAAGCAACACUCCCUCACUCCUUCUUCUUCUUCUUCUCUCUCUCUCUCUCUCGAUUUCAUUUUCCGGUGAGCAGUGGUGGUGCCGUACACACUCUCACCGACUUGACUUGCGAGUUGGGAAGAUGUUCUACUCUCACAGCCUCCUUGCUCGCAAAGAGCCGCUCGGCCAAAUCUGGAUGGCCGCCACCAUGCACGCUAAGAUGAACCGCAGGAAUCUCAACCAGAUCGACCUCAUCAGAAUCUGCGAAGAGAUUCUGAAUCCAAGAGCUCCUAUGGCUCUCCGACUCUCCAGUAUUCUCAUGGGUGGAGUCGUCAUCGUCUACGAACGUAAAGUGAAGCUCCUAUUCGAUGAUGUGCACCGUCUUCUGGAUGAAUUAAACGAAGCAUGGAAGAAGGUGAAAUCCAACACAGACUCCACUAUCCUCCCCAAACGGAGAGCUCAGGCCAAGAAAGAAGCAAUAACUCUGCCUGAGGCUGAGCAUCAAGAUACUGAUCUUGUUGGUGACAUCGAGCAGUCUCUUGAUUUCUCUCACCAUGCCACGCUUUUCCAGCAGCAAACCGGCUAUUUUCUCAUGCAACUGGAUAGUGUAGAUGUGGGAGAACCACUUAACGAUAAUGCAGCAGAGGGAGAUCAACCUCAGAACUUACAUCAAGCUGAUCCUGAGGAUAUCACAUUGCCUAAAUGUUAUGAUCCAUCAGAUGCACAUGCAGAUUUGUUCAACCCUCGCUUUGAGAGAUUUGAAAUUGAGGGAUAUGACGUAGACCUCACAUCAGGAGAGCCCACACAUAUUCGACCACCUUCUCCAAAUUAUCUAAUACCUUCUCCACCUCGUCAAGACCAGCGUCAGGAAGGACAGCAGGCUAAUAAUGUGUUUGAUGAAAUGGUGCAGAUGCAGGAUGUUCAAGAGAAUGCUCAACCGAGGCAGAGGCCUAUAAGGAGGAGAAAGAGAAAAACACCUGCCUCUGUAAUGGAUAAUGAUCAACCAAUCCAUCCUGGACAUGUGUACCAAUCUUGGCUUCAAGAUACUUCAGAUAUAGUUUCAAGAAGAAGAAGAAACCAAAAGCCCAAGAACAUAAUGUCUACUAUGAAGAUUGGUAAACUCAUGGAGCAGCCAGCUAGUGUUCUCAUGGGUCGUUUAUUUAAACCUGGAAGUGGAGAAACAUAUUACCCAGCUCCUCUCUUAGAGCUAUUCAAGGAAAAACAUACCCAUGACUCACCUUCUGCAUUCACCUCGCCACCUCUGCCUCCAGAACCAUCAUCAUGGUCACCACCUGGAAGACAAACUUAUCAAGACCUGCCUGUUGAAGAUUUUCUUAGUGGAGGUGGCUCCCAAUCAUUUGCAACUCCCACGGAACAGAUACGAACAAAUUUAGUUAACAAUGACCGACAACAUGAAGUGCUGGAUGAUCUGCGAGCCAAUCUUAUUGGCAAGAGAGGAGCUGAUGCCAACCUGGCAACACCAAGGAAUUCUGGAGAUGAAAGAAGAUCCGUCCUGAGCUCCUUGUCUGGGAAGGGAGUUGACAAAAACAGUUCAGAAGUCAAUUCAGGACGGAAAAGGCGUUAUUCAUCUAAACAUAGCAACGAUGGACUUGAACCAGUGUCGGAGGAUAAUGGAUAUCAUCACUCUGAUCCAAACUUCAAGGUAUCAAGGUUAUCUGGAAAUGGCCCAACACCUGAGCAAGAACUAUUGAUGGAAACUGGACCGACACAGACACAACAACCUAUCAUCAAUCAGCCACUGGAAAAAGUGACUGAUGCAAUUCGAAUGGAACUGAAAUGCCAUUUUGAAAUACCGGGUGGCCCUCAAGUAGAAUCCCUGAACAACCUGACUGCUGGAAUGAAUCGAAGAGGAGCGGCUUUGCUUUUCUAUCAAACUUGUGUUCUUGCUACUCGUGAUUUUGUAAAAGUUAAACAAAAUGCCCCUUACGAGGAUAUUCUCAUGACUAGAGGACCAAAGAUGUGAUAGAGAACUCGUGCUGGAAUGAGCUAGGAAAGUGAUGCUAGUUAAUGAAGAAAGUUGACAUUGCUCCUUUUGUGGAAGCUGAUGCUAGUUUUAAUCUAAAUAUCCUUUUUCGAGUUCUAAUUUUGAUAGAUUAGAUAUACCUAAUCUAAUUACUAUUUAUGGUGUAUUAAAUAAUUAAGAACUGCUAUUUAUGGUGAUUGAGUUAUGUGUUAGAUAUUCAGAAGGAGUUUUAAUGA